GAGGUUUACUGUGAUGCCACCAUAGCCUGUGAUGGACGGUUCUAUCCUGUUCACAGGCUGGUUCUCUCCACCUGCAGUGAAUACUUUGAACGUAUGUUUGAAGUGGCAGACAAGCAACACCUCAUGAUCGUGUUGGCAGAUAUACAACGUGAAGACUUAGAGACCCUCUUGGACUACAUGUAUAUAGGCGAGGUCAACGUCUUACAGAGCGAUCUGUCGGGGUUCAUGAAGGCUGCCGAGCGCCUCAAGAUCAAAGGCUUGGCAGAACCUACAGACACAAUUACCAGAAAGGAAGGUGUCGACGGCAAGAGGAGCCUCCCGCAGAAGGAGGACAACUGGGAGGUGAAGCGCAGGAGAGAAAACAAAACUAAAGAGGAAGAAAAAGUUUGCCAUGUGAUCCAGGAAGAAGGUAAAACAUAUAAUAAAUCACAGGAUGAAGCAACCAGUGUAUCAGUUAGUAGAGGUGAGGGUGUGACAGUACCUUCCUCUAACAUGGGCGGCAGUCAACAGCAGUACAGUGGUGAUGACAACACAGCCACCACUUAUGACCUUGAUAUAUCUAAGAUAAGUUUACAAGGAAUGGAGGAAAUAAUUUUGAAAGAUGAGCCUGAAGAUUGGUGUAGCGUUGUAGAAGACACUCGGCAACGCGACCCAAACGUAUUAUAUUGUAACAACUCCGAUCAAGUGUCACAGAGGUGCUUGAGCUCUGAUGGGUGGAACUUCUCAAGCUUAGUGGAGGAGAAUCCUUCAUAUUCUCUGGCCUUUGAUCGCACGCUCUUCCCAAAAGAUUACCCGGGCGGCUUUCACAAGACCUCGGUAACGUCCUUGAUGCCCUCAGAUAUGAUCCAGGUGGGAGACAAAUUCUCAUCUCUGGCCAAGUUGGAGCAGGCAAUUACCCUUUAUGAGGCUGAAACAAUGACAAAACUGUACAAGCGAGACAGCAGAAAGUUGGUGAGCAAACGUGUGCAGCGGGACAUAAAAGCUGAGCUGGUGUAUUAUGACCUAGUCUAUGCCUGCGUCAAGGGCGGAAGAAUUUACUACACUAGAGGAAGACCGAGUCGCAACUCCUUGAAGAGUGGCUGCACGAUGCAGAUCAGACUGAAGGCCUCCCGGGACGGACAGUUCCUGGAGGUGGUGCACAAGGUGGAGCAGCACAACCAUAGCCUUACUGAAACACACAUGUCUUACAGAGGGAGACCACGAGCUGCCCAACCAGUCAACUCCUCCGCCCUGCCACCUUGAAUCAACACGCCACCUUGUAGGAGCUCAACACAGGACAAAUAAAGGCUAUGUUUUACCUCAGUUUACACUAGUCACCAAUUAUAUACUUUAUGAAGUUUAUUUUCAUAGUACAGUAUAUUGUCAAUAGCCAUUGUUACUUAUUGAUUGAAAAUGUUGCUAGAAAUAAUAGGAAUGCCUUAAAUGUAAUAUUAUAUUGUUAAUUUGUAAAGUUGUUGAGGCCCAAUUUGAACACCCAUUAAACUGUUUUCCAAUUAUUGAACUGGUAGCCUCAAAGACACGUUAACAGGUGUCUCGGCCCUACACACUGCUGCCUCUGCCUGGCUCACAAAUCACACCUGACUCCCUGAUUUUGGAAGCUGAAGAGUAUAAUGGCUUUAAUGAAUCUGACUUGUGAAAUUGGUCAAUUUGAUCUUACACCGACCAGCAGUAUAGACUUGCUGACACAAUUUGGAAAUAAAACCACUGCUGUAUUCUGUACCAGUCAAGUUAUUUGUGAGUUCAGUUGGCAUCAGUUUUUGACUCUACUGUAUAACUGACACAUGAUUCAGUGUGUUAGUACAGAAGGUAAACUUAUCUGUGUGUUGUCUUAUUGGACCUUGUGAAAACAGAAACUUAAAUUACUGUUGAUAUUUUUGUAUAAAAAAUACCAUUAACAGUUUCUCCAUAUGUAUGAUACAUAUAAAUAAAGACAAAUGCCUUUA